AUGACUCAACCAAUUCCCACAUCGUACGCACCGGUUGCAGAAGGGAAUCCCAAAGCGCCCGCGAUCCAGCUACCCGAUGGCACCGUCCAGACGUCGGCGCUUCUAGUCCCGAAUAAUCAAUCCGCUCACUAUCGCAGCGGCCAUGUCAACUUGGAUACUUUCUCGCCCGUCAAUGAAAAUGGGAGUUUCGAAUUCGAUCGGGUCCUGAAGACUGGAAAGGUGUUUCGUCGCGUGAAGCACAAACAUGCAUUUAGGGCCUCCUGGAAACCGGCAUAUCUCGUUCUACGUCCCAACCUUCUGUCGGUAUACAAGGAUGAGGAGGCCACGAGGCUCCGAGCCUCUAUCACGUUGUCUGAGGUCACGGCCGUUGCGUCGGUCAGGUCCCCCAGAUCCAACCGACAGUACGUUUUUGGCGUUUUCUCGCCGUCGAAGAAUUAUCGCUUCCAGGCAUCUUCGGAAAAAGAGGCCGAAGCUUGGAUUAGACACAUUCGAUCAGAAACCCGCAUGGACGAAGACGAAGAGGCCUUCCUCGCCUUAUCAAAGAAUAGCGACACCGCCGGAAACACCAAGCGCCGCAUCUAUGAUACCACCGACCACUCUGAUUUUGAUCAGCGCGGACGACCAAGUUCUCCGGAAGUCGGAGAUUCAUUGUCACCCACUUACCAUUCGAGGCGUUUCGCCUCGCCCCAUGAUCACUCGGGAAACGAUAUCACGUCAUAUUCAGAAUGGUCCGACGGCCCUGGGAAUAACAACGGCGUUCGCGUGACAUCGCCUUCCAUUCAAAACCAGCCUGCAUCAGUUCAUAGCGAUGGCCCUUCCUCGAUUCCGCGCAAUGAGUCCGCAGUCCUACGUGACCCGGAGAGAGUUGUAUGCAACGGGUAUCUUCAAUGCCUCAAAAUCAAGGGAUCUAUGCGCCACUGGAAGCGACUAUGGGUUGUGCUGCGCCCGAAAAGCCUUGGUUUUUAUAAAGAUGAACAGGAAUACUCCGCCGUCAAAGUCAUACCCAUGGCACAGGUGAUCGACGCUGCUGAAGUCGACCCUAUGUCACGUUCGAAACACUUCUGUCUUCAAAUCAUCGCGGAAGAAAAGUCGUAUCGACUAUGCGCACCAGAUGAAGAAUCUCUUGCAAAGUGGCUAGGUGCUUUGAAGAGCAUUCUCGUCGCCCGCAAGAAACUGGAGCCUGCGCCCGGAGCAGCAGGCCUCCGUUAA